GUGUGUGCGCGGGGAAGAAGGGUGGCGAUGACUGCGCGUGCUCGGUAAAGGUGUGACACGUUGGUCGCUGACGUCAUCGAUGUACCUGAGUUUCGGUCGGAAGUUCGGAGAGAUUGCCGCACUACGGUGUGUGUGUUUUGUGCGUGUGUAAGCGUGUGUAAGCGGAUCUGGGUUUCCGUGGAUAAGUGUUUGGCGUUUUAGUUGAACUUCUACGUUUCCUGUUUCCGGUUGGAGUCUCAGGUGAGUACAGGGAUCUGACGUAAUAAAGGACAUCAGGAGUUAGAUGUCUGUUCACCCUCGGCGUGUGCGGCUAAAGCCGUGGCUCGUCGCUCAGGUGGAUAACGGGACGUUUCCAGGUCUCGUGUGGCUCGACCGUGAAGCAAAGCGCUUCCAGAUCCCAUGGAAACACGCGACUCGUCACACGGCUCAGCAGGAGGAGGAGAACACCAUCUUCAAGGCGUGGGCUGUAGAGACUGGAAAGUUUCAAGAGGGUGCAGAUGAACCGGAUCCUGCGAAGUGGAAAGCUCAGUUACGCUGCGCCCUCAACAAGAGCCGCGAGUUCAACCUAAUCUACGAUGGAACCAAAGAAGUUCCUAUGAACCCCCUGAAAAUCUAUGAUGUGUGUGAUAUCCCUCCCCCCCUCAGUAACCCUGGUUCCACAGGUUCUGCUCCAGCAUAUGACUCUGAUGGUGAAGAUGAUGAUGUUCCUGAUACACCAGAACCUCCACCACCUCCAUAUCAUCCUCCAGUGGGCGGGUCUCCUCUGGCCCCACCUGUGUGGACUUCCCCAGGUUCCAGCUCCCCCCUGCAGCCCUCCCCUCAGGUGUGGCCUAAAAAAGAGCCACAGGAUGUGGAGAUGAAUGCACCAGCAGCUAUGGAGAUCCAACCAGCUUCCAACAUGGACACACAACCCAUAUGUGACGUGCUGUUCACCACACCAGAGACCUGGAUCAGCUCUCUGCCCAUGACUGAUCUGGAGGUCCAGUUUUAUUACCGUGGUAAGGAGGUGUGUCCAGCACUGACGGUUAGUAACCCUCAGGGCUGCAGGUUGUUUUACGGGGAUUUGGGUCCCAUGGUGAAUCAGGAGGAGCUUUUCGGACCUGUGAGUCUGGAGCAGUUGCGUUUCCCGUCCACUGAACACAUCACCAACGACAAGCAGCGUCUCUUCACCAACCGCCUUCUGGACGUCAUGGACCGCGGCCUCAUCCUGGAGAUCAGUGCACAUGACAUCUACGCCGUGCGUCUUUGCCAGUGUAAAGUCUACUGGUCCGGUCCGUGCGGCCCGAACGCCAGCGCACCCAACCUCAUCGAGCGUCAGCGCCGAGUCAAGCUCUUCUGCCUCGAGACCUUCCUCAGCAGUGUAAUCGCUCAUCAGCGGGGCCAGUCUCCAUCUUUGCCUCAAUUUGAUAUUCACUUGUGUUUCGGUGAGGAGUGGCCUGAUGGACGUCCCAGAGAGAGAAAACUCAUCAUGGUGCAGGUGGUCCCGGUGGUGGCGAGGAUCAUCACUGAGAUGUUCAGUUCAGAUGGAACUCGUUCCUUUGACAGCUCCAGUGUACGGCUACAGAUAUCUGUCCCAGACAUAAAGGACAACAUCGUCAUGCAGCUCAAACAGCUGUACCGCCUGCUGCAGAAUCACCAAGGGAACGAGACCUGGCCACUCCCAUCCGGUGGGCCCGCCCACCUCCCCCACCCUUUACACGCUCAGUGACUUCCAAACACAAACACUUUUAUUUUUAUACACAUGUAUUUAGUGUAUUUGGUAUACUCCUGCUCUUAGUGACACAUGUGUGUGUGUGUGUGUGUGUGUGUGUAUAAAGGUGUGUUUUGGGUGUUUGUGGUUAUAAAUUUACGUUUAUUAAAUCAAUAUUUUAUGUAAUUUUGGUCAGUUAAACACUAGGUAUGUGGGCGUGCCUCACGGUGGGCGUGUCUGCUGCUUGUAGCCAAUGAAGCCUGUGAUGUUAGGUACUCUUGUGAUUGGCUGAACACGCCCUUCUUUUCAUUUAAUUAUUGUGCCCCGCUUAAUGUGAACAUGGACCACAUGCUUGCUGUUGUCAGGGGACUGUUCCUAAUUCUGCUGUUGUUCACUUUCCUGUUCCCCAACUCCAUUAAAUCGCAUCAGUUUUAUCACUUCUUUAUUUUCUACUAUUCUUAAGUAGUUUUUGUCAAAAUAAAACAGGUUGUAUUUCA